GUAACAAACGGGCAUCCCGUAGACGAUGGUGCAAUUUCGAAUGAUGGGACGACAGUAUGUGAAGAAAUGGAGCCGCAAAUGAAUGAGGGUACACAACCUCGCAAAAGUACAUGUUCUGAAGAGGUUCGCUCGAAUGGUAGCAGUUCAGAUUUGCCCGAUGAAUCAUUGAUUGCUAUCCUGACGACAAUUUCUCGUGAGAAAGGCCUUGAUGCGCAAGAUUUUCGAUGUCCAUCAUGCAGAAAAUCAGUUGGUCCUACUUUUGCAUCAUAUAGAAAAUGUGGUUUUGACGAGAAGUAUUAUUGUGAUGGAUGUUUGAGUAAAGGUGAAGAAAUCGUGAUCCCCGCACGUCUAAUUCAUAACUGGGAUGCCCGUCCACGGCCAGUAUGCCGACGAAAUAUGGCUUUUAUUGAACGCAUCCGGGAUAAAGCCGUUCUCUCGAUCGACAGGAUUAAUCCAAAAUUGUACAAUCAGUCUCGUGCCUUGAGUGCCAUAAAGGUAUAG